CACAAUCAGUCCCACAAAUGGCACAGAAAUGGCAUCAAGAAACCCCGGUCAUAAAGAUACGAGUCUCUAAAGGGGGUUUACCCCAAGUUCCUGAGGAAUAUGUGCUUUGCCAAGAAGCACAACAAGAAAGGCCUGAAGAAGAUGCAGGCCAACAACGCAAAGGCGUGAGUGCACGCGCAGAGGCCAUCAAGGCCCUGGUGAAGCCUCAGGUCAUCAAGCCCAAGAUGCCAAAGGGUCCCAGCCGCAAACUCAGCCUUCUGGCAUUCAUCGCUCACCCCAAGCUUGGGAAGAAGAUUCGAAGCUACAUGGCUAUGGGUCAAAGGCUCUGCCAACCAAAGCCCAAGGUUCAAACAAAGGCAGGGGCCAAAGCUCCAGCUAAGGCCCAGGCUUCAGCUCCAGCCCAGGCUCCCAAAGGUGCCCAGGCCCCUGUGAACGCCCCAUAGAAAAGGCU